AUGGCAGCAAACCAAAGGGAUUUAGUUGAGCGCCUUCUCCGCGAGUCAAUUCUGACUCUUUGCCGAGAAACCAUUUCCUACAAACAUUGUUUAGAAGUUGACGGAAUUGUCUGCAUAACAGCCGAAAAUGAACCCCAGCAGAUUGUGAUCAAAGUUCAUGAGCAAAUUCAAAGAAAAACUGAUGGAUAUGAAACUAGUGUCAUGAAAUAUGAAAAUUCUUCCAAAUCUUUCACUGGGGGUAAGAUGUGCUUUGAUGGAUCGACUUCUCUGCCUCCACCCCCACAGUCUUUGCCACUGUCCCUCACUCAGUCUUCCAGUUUCUCUUCUAAGGAUUGUGGCGAUAUCAAUGGCAAUGGUAGCCGCUCAAAUCGAUCUGACCACCAGAUUGGUAUAAACGGACAUGUCAGUCUUCAUGAAGCAGAUGAUUUGACACAAGAGCCAGAAAAUUGUUCCAUGCGUCCAAAUCUUUCCUUAUCAAUUUCUGAUGGUUCUAAACAUACUACUAGUAUCCUUAAUUCUUCCUAUGAGACUUUGGAAGAACACAGUUUCCAUAGGUCUUUGGAUGCUACACCAAAUUCUCUGUCUUCCAAAGUUAGCCUUCCUUCAAAUGCCGACUUCAACAGCAGUCUUUUAGCGCCUUCCUCAACUUUGUCUGCAGUAAAGCCUUACACUUCUAUUCAAUGCAAACGUUGCGAAAUUGUCUUCCCCGAUGCAAGUGCCUUUGAGAAGCAUAACCUAACUGAGCAUUCGGUUUUCACCUGCAAUAUCUGUUACCGAACAUUCACUGCUCGUAAUAAUCUGAAACGACACAUCCGCCUACACACUGGUUACAAACCCUACACAUGCAACAUCUGCUCUAACAGCUUCACCCGAAAAGAUGACCUCAAAUUCCAUCUGUUGAAGCAUAACUAUGAUAAACCUUAUCGUUGCAACCAGUGCAACAAGGGUUACAUGGAUAGAUCCUGCCUGUCCAAUCACAUGCGCAAUGAACACAACUGCAAACUGAUGCAUGUUUGUCCACAGUGUGGUGAAGGUUUUAAUAAUACUCAUGUGUUCAUGGAACAUAAGAAAACACACCCUGAACUAAAAGAGUUCCAGUGUACUCUCUGCAAUUUCACUGGCAUUAACUCUUUAAUGUACCAAAAGCACAUGCUGACUCAUGGACACAAAAAAAACUACAUGUGUGAACCAUGCAAUAUGCAGUUUGAUGAUCCAUUUACCUACACGAUCCACCUGAAACGCCAUCGGAUUGAAUCUACAUUUUGUUCCUAUGUGUGUUGUUUUUGCGAGAACAAACUACCGACAUACAAGCAGUUUAUCCGCCACGAGCAUUCACAUGCUCAAAGCAAGACGCAUGCUUGUCGUCUAUGUCAUAAGCAGUUUCGUUAUCCUUCCAAUCUUCGGGAACAUAUGAUGGUGCAUGAGUCCAAUGUUGAAACAGAUCUCUCUAAGCAAUACUGGUGCACCGAAUGCAACCAGGGCUUUGGUUCUGAAGAUUUCCUUCGAUGCCAUAUCUUUGAAGUUCACGAAGUUAACAUGAAGAAAGAGAACUCUGACACUAAAGCAGAAUUCAGCGAUUCCCACAUCGAUGACAUUGAGUCAUCUGAUGAUGACCCCUACACAGGGGGUCUUGCUGAGCAAGAAAGGCUGCAGUCUUCAGAUAAAGUAACAUCUCAUGAAGAGAAUGACGUAGACAUGAAUGACAACCCUGAAUUUGAGGAAAGAGUUUCUGCCCUUGAGAACGAAGACGAUUCUACAUUGGUUAUUAAUGAAGGAGACGAGAGGGAGAUUCGGGCAAAUUCCAAAAAGACAUUCACUCCACCAAUAUCAAAUGGCGACGUAAAUAUCAAACAGGAAUAUCCAGAUGACUUUGAAGACAGCACAGGCAGCAGCAUUACUUCAGAUGUCCUUGCCAUGAAUGAGUCUGUAAGAAAUUCAAAUGCAAAGGACCUCAGUCCAUCUUCUCCAUUGUCAGAAACCAAGAUAACCAGGAAAGGUACAGGAACGAAACCAGCCUGCUUUGAACGGGUAGUUACCCCAGAGAUACCAUUUCGAAAAAGUGUUCCAUUCACCUGCAAAGAAUGUGGUGAAGUGUACCAAGACUUUGAUAGUUUUGAAUCACAUAGUACCGUUGUUCAUCGCCGAUAUGUGUGCGAGUAUUGCGGCAAGAUCUUUACAUCAAAGCCAAAUCGCGAGCGUCAUGUUCGCUAUCACACCGGGGAAAGACCUUACAAGUGCGACUUGUGUAGUCAGUCCUUUUUCCGUGGUGACGACCUUAAAUACCACCGCACUACUCGUCACUCGGACAUACGCCCAUUUAAAUGCAAACAAGAAUCUCUAUCCCUCUCUCUCUCUCUGUACCUUUCUCUCUUUCACUCCCUCCCUCUCUCCACCUUUCUUUCUCUCUCUUUCCCAUCCUCUCUCCACCUUUCUUUCUCUCUCUCUCCCUCUCUCUCUCUCCACCUUUCUUUCUCUCUCUCUACACCCUCUCUCCACCUUUAUUUCUCUCUCUAUCUCCCUCCCUCUCUCCAACUUUCUUUCUCUCUCUCUCCCUCCCUCUCUCUACCUUUCUUUCUCUCUCUCUCUCCCUCUCUUUCUCUCUCUGUCCCUCCCUCUCUCCACCUUUCUUUCUCUCCCUCCCUAUCUCCACCUUUCUUUCUCUCUCUCUCUCCCUUUUUCCACCUUUCUUUCUCUCUCUCUCCCACCCUCUCUCCACCUUUCUUUCUCUCUCACUCUCUCUCCUUCUCUCCACCUUUAUUUCUCUCUCUCUCUCUCCCCCUUUAUUUCUCUCUCUAUCUCCCUCCCUCUCUCCACCUUUCUUUCUAUCUCUCCCUCCUUCUCCCCACCUUUCUUUCUUUCUCUACCUCCCUCUCUCUACCUUUCUUUCUCUCUCUCCCUCCCUCUUUCUUUCUCUCUCUGUCCCUCCCUCUCUUCACCUUUCUUUCUCUCUCUCCCUCCCUCUCCCCACCUUUCUUUCUCUCUCUCCCGCCCUCCCUCUCUCUACAUCUCUCUCUCUCUCUCUCUCUCUCUCUCUCUCUCUCUCUCUCUCUCUCUCAUAAUCUCUCUCUCUCUCUCCUUCUCUCUCUCUAUUUCUCCCCCUCUCUCUCUCUCUCUCCCCUCUCCCUUCCCAUUGUUCCCCACUCUUCUCUCGCCUACAUCUAA